AUGGAAAGACACUACCACCCUUUAAACCCCAGCCAAAUCUGCUGCGCGGAGCAUGCCUUUGAAAUGUGCAGGAUCUACGAAAAGCAGGUAAAAUUGAUUUAGGGAAAAGUGGAUGAUAUCAUAACAGUCCUUAUCAGUUUUUCUGAGACAGUCGACACAAAGUUCCUUCUGGAUACAAACGAGAGGACUCAAGAAAUGAAAAGAUCCCUUGCAAGUAUAGGAAAUCAGUUCGGAAUCCAGCUCGUAAGAGAUGGCGAUGUGGGAUCAGCAAAGAUGAUUUUGGAAAGUGGGAUCACUCUAUUGUCAAGCUUGCCUCAAGAUAACGAAACAAUGGGAAUUUUGGCGACCACAAAUUUAAAUUUGGCUUAUGCUUGUCAUUCUCAAGGAGAAUUUGAAGACGCCUGCAGGUUUAUAGAAGCUGCAGCUGUAGUCGAGAGAAAGAGUAAAGAUUUAACGGGAAGCUUGAUCACAAGAGUCAAUAAAGCAGCAGUUUUGACAGAAAUUGGAGCUUACCAUGAAGCUUACCAUACAGCGAAAGAAGCCGCAAAAUUAAUGGAGCCGAAAAUUAUGGAAUUGGUCAGAAGCAAAAGCGACGCAGAAUUAUUAAAGAAUUUGAGGUUUAUUGAAAGCGUGACUCUGCUGAUAGUCGCGUAUAUCAAUAUGAUAAGCGCUCUUAGGAACAAUGGAGACAGAAAAUCACUAAAAGAGGCAGAAGACUUGUCAAGCCAAGCUUCGAAGCUUUCUUUAAGGUUUUUAGGAGAAAAUAACCCAAUAACCCAACGGCUAGCGUUUCCUCAUCGGAAGGAGCUAAAAGUCGUUAGGAGGUCUUCGGGUGUCAGCUCGAGCUCUGAAGGUUUCGAUAAAAAUCCCAGCACUGAAAUUAGUUUGGAUUUCACUAAUUACAAAUAUCAGCCUAGAUCUACGUCGAUUGAAGAGAAAAAGGAAAUCCCAAAGCAAACUCCUUUAAGCCACCCAGAGUCACAGUUGAAAAUAAAAAGAGAGCAGUCUCCUCAACAAGAUUAUCAAAUUAGACAAAGAGGGAAUAGACAGAUGGAUAUUGAUCUUGAGCAGUCUGAUAUUGCGAUAAAGCAGCCAAUUAUUUCUUUUAAAUCAAGUGAUACAGAGUUUGAGCAUCCACAGGCCAACAGACAAGCUGCAAAAGCUAAUGAGAGCAAGCCAGAACUUAAAGCAGCUGAGCCAAAUAAGCCUGUGCUUCAGAAGCAAACUCCAAUUGAAAGGCAGACUACAAAGCCGCAAGUUGUUAAAAGCCAGCCAAUUUUGAAAACAAAAAUCAUUAGGCUGCCAGGAGCUUUACUUCCAUGUAUCCCAAUCCGUCCUUCUUUCCGCAAAGAUUUGCUGAAGUAUAACUUUUCCAAAGAUUCAGCUAUAACAGAUGGCUCGUUCCUACUUAAUCCUCAGCAGCCUUAUUUCCCAAUCCAUGAAAAAUGUGAAAUAGGCCAAGUCGCCAUAUAUAAUUCCCAAUCCUAUUUAAACGCCUGCUCCCUUUCAUUAUCAGAAAAUGUCCCAUAUGCGACCCUUUCUAGCUCACUUUCAGACUCAACUGCCAUUGUAGCAACAGAAUCAAUUCCUCUCAUGGAUCUUCAAAAAAUCCUCCCAUUUCUAAGUAUACGCGAUGUGCUGCCUUAUUCGAUGACUUUGAAAUUCAUUGAUUCUUUUGAAAAAUUUGCGAAAUGAUAUCUACUGCCAUUCAUGAGGAUGGUAACUGCUCCAGAUUAGGAUUAGGAUUAUUAAAAGCCAGGCAUUAGCCAUAUUGAUGACGCAAUCACCAAAGAACUCCGGUACUGGAGGUUCAUCUGCUUUUCGAUCUCAGCCCAGAGGGUCUUUCCAGGUGGAUGCCACUUCCGUACAUUCUGUCUCCUCCUUGUCUUGGGUCUUCAGUAUGGAUUUCUGCUGUCCUGCUACGGGCGAUUGGAGUAGCUUAAUUCCAUGGAUCUCCUUGAGGCCUGUCGGCUGCCAAGUAACUUCCUUGGACAGCUAAAUAAAAAGAACUACUCCACUGUGGCCUGGCUGAAACCCCAGUUUCUAGGAAUGCCGAUGGUCCUUGGAUCCAAAGACUUUUUGAGCACCUCCAUUUUCAACCACAUGAAAGUAGUCAAAACCUACCUGGAUAAAGACUUCUUGAGCUUGCACUUGAUUCUCGGCUCAGCCAUAUGGUCUGGACUGUUGCGACAAGAGGGCAGGUUGGCACAUGUUAUUAUUUUAAUGUAUACGGUAACUGCUCCAGAUAAUUCAAAAAAAAUCGAAAUUUGGGGGCAGAGCGCUGGACUGUUGCCAAGAGCAUCGACUAGGAUCUUCUUGAUGACUUCUUGCAAAGUAAGCUUGAAUUAUGUUUCCAAUAGCACAGUUAGAAUGGUGCUAACUAUCUCCUUCGUGAUUCAACGAAAAAAUUUUAUUUUUAAUGGAUGGUUUAAUUUUUUUUUUUCAAAAUUUAAAAAAUUCCCAAUUCACAGAAAAUGGGAAUCAAAAUUUAAUUUAAUUUAAUUUAUAAAAUUUAUGUUUUAAAAUGCAAGUUGUUUAAAAUUGAACAGAAUUAGCAAGAGAUUUCGUUAUACUAAUUAUCAUUUAAACAUCAAAAUAUUUUUUUAUAAAACUUUUAUAUUAAACAAUUGUUUGUAAACUCAUGGAGGGUGGCUUUUUAUCAAAAAAAAAGGAUUUUGUUUACUCACGAGGGGGAAUAAGUAAUGCAACUGAUGAGGAUUAUGGCGAUAAAUGUAUUAGGAUUGAUAUGGUUUUCGAUGAUGCUGCCAGUGGUUUACUGUUGAAAAAAUGCGAUUCUGUAGUGAGGCCAGGAGUAAAAAUUAUCCCUUCUAUUUGUCCGUUUGACAUGGAAUUUCUGAAACAGUUAGACCCAAUUCUCACUGAAAUGGAGCUUUACGUUAAAGACCAAUUUGGAGUCAACUUAGAUUUCAAUCAAUUGUGCGAAAAAGACCCAUUUCUAAUGAUUCGUGCUACAGUAACUGGAAAAAGUUUGGAGAAAACAUUAUGAAUCAUUCAAGAUAUAAGGAAUAAGCGAGCUUGGCAAAUCCGAGCCAAAAACUUAUUUAAAAUCAACUCAAGUGGAAGACAUAGAAAAUUUGAGUGCCAUUAUACUUAUUCCUAUAGACAAAUAAUGCAGAAUUUCGGUAUAAAAAUUGAUAAAACAGAGAUUUAUGAGCGAAAAAUUAUAGCUUAUUAUGUGCUAGAGAGCUUGAAACUUGAAGGAAACAUUGAUAUGGACACCCAGCCCCAAGAAGACCAUGAUGACUAUGAUGAAUCUAUUAUGACUAUUCCUAUUACUUCUGUGAUGGGAAAAAGGUACCUAAUUGACAACAAAGGGUACCAAGAUCCUGUAACUAUAAGCUUAAUAGGGGUUGGGCUCACUAUUAUUGGAGUCAGAGCGACUAUUUAUGACGUGGAAACAGGCAAUGAGCAAGGCUGCUUGUUUCCAAUAGACGGAGAAUUUUAUUUAAGGGAUAAAAACAAUCCAGUCAAAAAAUUAUCAAAGCAUGCUCAAGGUAAACUCCAUGCGAAAGUCUGGCAGGAAACGAAGUUUGAUGAAAUACUUGAAGAGCAAGGGGGAUGGGACUGGCUGUUUAGUUUACUGAAGUUUGAAGGGAAAGAAAUGUAUAUCACUGAUUUGCUCGGGAGAAAAACUUGCAUUGAGUCUUUGGAAACUGCACUUUUUAAAGAAAAAGAUUCUUAA